AUGAAUGCUGACGUAAAAAAACUAACUUCUGUUGAGAAUGAAUAUUUAGAAAAAUGUGGAAAGAAAAGAAGACAAAAGACAAUAAUAGAUGAAAUAGAAUUUAAUAAUGAUACAAAUAAAGAAGUUAAAAAUAUCACAAAUAUUAUGGAUAAAAUAGAUAAUAAAUACCAAAUAAAAAAUGAAAAUGAAAUAAAUCAUUCAUAUCAAAUUAAGGAUAUCAAACAGAUAAGUAGUGAAAAAAGCAAUAAUAAUGAUAAUAAUGAAUAUGAAGAAAUAAAAAGUUCUAUAAAAAUAAAUGAAGAAGAAUCGGAAGAUGACUAUGAUACAUUAGAAGUUAUACGACAACUCAGUUCAAUUCAUAUUGAAUCUGACAAUGACAAUGAUAAGGAAAAAAAAGCUUAUAACAAAAAAGAAAAUAAGAAUAUAAAAAUCAAAAAAAAUAAAAAUAACAAAAAUAAAAGAAGUUCUCUUAUUUUUGAUAUAUCAGAAAUAGAAUGCGUUGAAGAUGCUGUAAUAUAUGAUGAAUCAAAGGAUACUAUUUUUCCAGAUUUAAAAGAAUUGUUUUCUGAGUAUAAUGUAAAAUAUUUCUUUAAUAAGUUAGAAACAGUAGAAGUAAAAUGGAGUAAUAAAAUGAAAUUAUGUGCCGGCAUAUGUAUAUUUAAGAAAUCAGGUUAUUGUUGCAUUCGUUUAUCUCUUCCUCUUCUAAAACUAAGAAAAAUAAAGGAAUAUAGAGAGACAUUACUUCAUGAAAUGAUUCAUGCUUUCUUAUUUUUAACUAGAAAGAAUUCUAUACAUGAUGGACAUGGACCUGAAUUUAAAAAACAUAUGUAUAGAAUAAAUAAAGCAACUGGAUUAUCCAUUACUAUAUAUCACAGUUUUCAUGAUGAAGUUAAUUUUUAUAGAAAUCACAUAUGGAGAUGCACUGGAGUUUGUAGAACUUAUCCUCCUCAUUUUGGUUACGUUAGGAGAUCUAUGAAUAGACCACCUAGUUCUAAAGAAAAAUGGUGGAGGAGGCACUCUUUAUAUUGUGGUGGACAUUUUGUUAAAAUAAAUGAAAAGAAAUCAACUACGAAUGAAAAAUCAGGAGAUAUGAAUAAAAAAGGGGAUUUCAAGAUUCGAUUAGAAAAUAUAUUAGAUAAGAAAACGAAUAACAAAAAAGAUAAUGUUGAAUUUGAAAAAAGAGACGAUAACAUGGAAGAAGAUAUGAUAAAUGAUGAAAUUAUUAUUUUAGAUUCUCCAGAUGAUCUUAAAGAAAAGAAACCUAAUGAAGAAAUUGAUAUAAUUGAUUUGAUUAAAAAUUUAUUUAGUGAUAAUAAAGAGAAAAUAUUAUCAUUUCCUGAUAUUACAGUUGAUUAUCAUAAAGCAUUUAAAAGUCAAAAAUAUUUUGAAAUAGAUUCAGAUAAUUAA